CCAAUAUUGUUAUGGGAAGUCCUGAACCGAGAAAGGAGUGUGCUUACAGGUCUAAAGUUCAUGCGAGGGUAGAUCAAAAUACAUCUCAAGCAGUUGAUUUCGGUGAAUCGUUCGGUGAAUCUUUCGGUGAAUCGAUUUUUUCAAUGAUCUCGAGUGCCGUCUUCUCACACUUCCCGAAAUGCUCGACCUUGAGUUCAGCAUGCAAAUACAAUAUAUGUUCCGGACUGCCUUCGGUUUUCCUUGUUCGCCACCCCUCCCAAGCCCUCACCUUAUUGACAACAUUGAGCACCUCGAGCAUCGCAGUCUUCGCAACCUGGUCUUCGUCCCAAUCCAGGCUUGUAAUCGAUGACAUAUGGAUGAUUCCCCAGUCAAGCGUUACGAUGUAUUUGAGUAUGCGCUUUACCCAUGGGUCGUCGCUCAUGAAUGGGGCGUUGAGCAUGACUUGCAUGUACUUUUUGUACCAUUCGGAAGUGAUAGCGUCCUUCAAGUCGCCGACUUUUGGGAUCAUUACGCUGAGUUUAUGA